AUGGGGAGAGAAGACCCAAUACCGCCUCUAUGGAGAAGGGAAAAAUUUCUUCAAGCGGCUGAUUGUUCUGCUGAGCCUCAUGAGGUAAGGGAUAAGGAGAUUGAAUUUAGCGGCCUCAUUAACAAAAGCAAGGUAAAAAAAAUUCACACUACUCAACUUCUUCGUGGAGGAGGAGAGGUUGGCAUUCCGCGCGCGAGGUUCAAGGAUGUUGGUGGGCUACAAGAGGCUAAGGAGGAAUUAGGAGAAGUAGUUUCUUAUUUUCAUAACCCGCAGUCUUUUUGGCAACGAGGGGCCAAGGUGCCAAAGGGGGUGCUGUUGGUUGGUCCACCCGGCAAUGGCAAGACUUUAUUGGCUAAGGCUUUAGCAGGAGAAUGUCGUUUGCCUUUUCUCUUUCGCUCUGGUUCUGAAUUUGAAGAAAUGAUGGUUGGGGUCGGUGCCCGACGAGUGCGGGAACUUUUUCAGCAGGCUCGUAGUUAUCCCCAAGGCUGUAUUGUGUUUAUUGAUGAAAUUGACUCGAUUGGUCGGAAAAGAUAUUCCCGGAAUACUGGUCACGCCGAACAAACUUUAAACCAAUUGCUAAAUGAAUUAGAUGGCUUUCAUCCUCGUGAUAAUAUUGUUAUUUUGGCGGCCACUAAUUCCUUAAAAGUCUUAGAUAACGCGCUUUUGCGACCCGGUCGGUUUGACCGUCAAAUUUACAUACCUCUCCCCAAUUUAAAAGGACGGCGGGAGAUUAUUAGGAUUUGUACUCGCAAACUGCCACUUAAAUCGGACGUUGAUUUAGAGGAAAUUGUCGCCAUGACUAAAGGUCUAAGUGGAGCUCAAAUCACUAACAUGUUUAACGAGGCCUCUAUUUUAAGUAUCCGUCAUGGCGAAAAAUUUAUUGACUAUGAAAUGAUUUUUGAGGCUUAUGACCGGGUGCUAAUGGGCCCCUCUUUAACCAGCCAAACCCUCACCCCUGCUAAAAAAAGGAUAAUUGCUUACCACGAGGCUGGUCAUGCGGUUAUUGGCAUGAGUUUGUCGGAAACGGUUGUCAAAAAAAUUACCAUUGUCCCACGUUUACAUGCUGGCGGACGAGCCAGCGAAGAGUUAAUUUUUGGUCUAGAUUACAUUACUGGAGGAGCCUGA